AUGAAGUAUUUUUCCAGUUCGGGUCAAAUGUCGGAUUUCCGCCAAAUCUAUGCAUUAGUGAUAUCGGUCAUGUCCGUGACCUGGCACCUUAUCAGUAAUUCGGUCCAAAAUGCCACAUCGGGAAAGGUGGAGAAAAUCACUCUGCAAGAUAAGAAUCUAGGAAGACCAACGACGCCCAUAUGCUCGAUUACCUAA